GCCUGGAGGCAGAGCAUCCUCCACAAUCCCCUCAUCCCCUUGGUGCCAGACCAAGCUCCCCAAGGACAGGCUGGGGUACCCCUGGCCGUUUCCCACCCCGAUGCGCUCCCUUCGCUCCGCUUGCCCCCCACCAGCCCAGGAUGCUCCUUUGGGGUCCCAUGGGAGACUCCUUCACACGACGCCUGCCCGACCUCAUCCUCGGGCACCCCGCACACCCCAUAGUGCCCUUUGGGAUCCCCCAAUUCUCUCCUUGGGGGGGCUGCUCUGGGGGUUGGCUGCCUUGCAGGCACCAAAGGGUUACGCUCGGAGGUGCCGCUCUGCGCUCCAGGCACCUGGAGGGGAGGGAGGGAGGGAUGGAGAGGAGUUUUCGUCGAGGCUCCAAGAAGGCAGCGAGGAGCGAGCAGGAGCGGGCAGGAGCGCGGCGGCAGCAGGUGAAGCCACGGGGGGAGCCGCCACCGCCACCCGGUCCCGUUCGGCUGCCACCAUGGGUCGGGGGGGGGCCCUAGGAAGCGGCUUAUAAAAGGGGGGACACCCCCCCCUUCCCCUUCCCCUGGCUGACGUCCCCCUCGCUCAAAGAGAAGGGAGGGAAAAAGGGAAAAAAAAAAAAAAAAAAGCAAAACCCACCCAAAGCCGCUCUAAAAUUGAGGGAAGAGCGAAGGCGGGCGGCAUCGGCUGGAAAAUGCAUCUCCCUCGGAGCUGCAUCGUCCUCCUCAUCCAGGGGAGCAUCGCGCUGCUGGUGACCUGCGGCCAAGAAGAGCCAGGGGAAGGUGCAGAGCAGCACGAGCCCGAGCCCCAGGAGAGAGCCCGAGCGCAGAAGGCGAGGGGGCUGCUCUCCCCAGAGACCCUCCUGGCUCCAGCCGUGCUGCAGAACGUGACCCUGCUGGAGCUGGUGAGCAGCUCGCGGGAGCUGUGGGAUAUCCUGGAUAACCUCUCGGAGCGGGACCAUGCUCCGCAUCCCAGAGACCGGAGGGAUUUGGGGCCAGCCUCGGGCAAACUGAAAAAAAUUUUCGGCUGGGGAGAUUUCUAUUCCAACAUCAAGACGGUGAAGCUGAACCUGUUGAUCACCGGGAAGGUGGUGGAUCACGGCAACGGCACGGUCAACGUCUUCUUCCGCCACAACUCAACGGGGCAGGGGAACAUCUCGGUCAGCCUCGUCCCCCCCACCAAGGCGGUGGAGUUCGACCUGGAGCAACAGAUCUUCAUCGAGGCCAAAGAAUCCAAAAUCUUCAACUGCCGCGUGGAGUACGAGAAGGUGGACCGGGCCAAGAAGACCACGCUCUGCACCUACGACCCCUCCAAGACCUGCUCCCACGAGCACACCCAAAGCCACGUCUCCUGGGUCUGCUCCAAGCCCUUCAAAGUCAUCUGCAUCUACAUCACCUUCUACAGCAUAGACUACCGGCUGGUGCAGAAGGUGUGCCCUGAUUACAACUACCACAGCGACGUGCCCUACUACCCCUCGGGAUGAGGAGCUCUGCCCAGCUCAGGAUCCCCCCGGUGAUGAGGGGGCGCUGGGGGGGG